AUGUUCACUCAGCGAUGUACUCGACUUAUUUGCGAAGCGUUACCUAGAUACACAAGCUUAAAAUUACCACCUAUCGCGUCCACGUCAACAUACACAUCCCGACGAGCCUUCUCCUCAACCCCCUCCCUCCUCAAAUACGAGGCAAAACCUCGAAACCACCAGAUCAAAUACCCAAUCGUCCAACGCGUCGACGAAGCAAACGACAACAAACUCAGUCCUCCCGAACCAUUAAAAAGCAUUAUCGAAAGCAUAGAGCUCAGAACUCACUUUGUCGAGCUCGUCUCGGAGGAUCCUCCCAUUGUAAAGAUUUUCGACAGGAAGGUCGAACACGCAGAGAAGUUAGCUAGGAAAGCGAAACAAAAAUCAUUGAAGAUGGAGAGGAAGGAGAUUCAGAUGACUUGGAAUGUUGGGGAUAUGGAUCUACAACAUAAAACAAUGAAAGCACGAGAACAGCUUAAGAACAACAACUUGGUCGAUAUUGCGUUUGCUCCAAAGGCAAAACAGACUACACCGUCUGUACAAGCAAUGCAAGAGAAGAUGCAGAAAGUUGUGGACGUCUUACAAGAUGUUGCUCUCGAAAGGCAAGAAAGGACAUUAACCAAAAGUAUCGGCGUCGUCUAUCUUCGUUUAGACAAAUCGAAACUUGCGGACGAAAAGUGA